AUGGCCCCAGCAGGAGAUGAAAAAAUACUCACGGUGACUGAUUGGUAUGAAUUGCCAUCACAGUUGGCGUAUAUUGAAUUGGAAAAUCAUACAAAUGAUUGUAGUAGCACCUUAGGUGGUGAAUCUGUGAGAGGAGUGAAGAGUAAUUUGAAGAGUAAAUUAACAGCACAUCAGCGUAUACAGGUCUUUAUCGAUGGAAUGGUGGAAGCUUGGUGUAAAGCACAUCAAAAGAAAGGAGAUAAGGUCACUUCGUCCAAUGAUAGUGAAUGGUGUUAUUGGUUCUAUUAUUGGUUAGGGGAUACUGUAUCCAGGGGAGUGAUUAGUAAUUUAUUCCAGAACGUUAUGAGCAAAAUUUAUGAUGAAUUGAGGAAUUUGAAAAUUGAACACCCAUGCGAAAAUGUGUACCCUGAUAUUUAUGAUAUAACCAUGUUUGAACAAAGGAGAAAAGUAUAUAAUUAUCAUCAAGAUUAUGCAACUAUACAGGAUCAGUUAAACAAAUCUGGACAACGCUGUGAUGGAACUUAUCAUAAGUACCUCAAUGACAUUGUUAGGGUUUAUAAAGAGGUGUGGGAUUAUUGCCACAAUGAGGAUCGUGGUUUUGAUGCGUACUGUAGAACAUUCAAAAAUGAAUAUGAAAAAUACAACAAUAGCGAUAAAGCAGAAUUUAAGUGCAACAAAGUAACAUCACCACAACGUAUGGAUUCCGCAGGUAGUGCACAACUUCCCGGAUUACGUGGAGCAGCACAUGAAAGUAGUGAAUUACAGGCUAGACUGCCAGAUGGAGAAGGUCCAUCAUCACCACAGCAAGAUUUUGGACCUGCAACCUCCUCCUCUGGAACCAACAACACCAAUAUGGCACCGGCUGCUAUAUCUGGUACAAUUGCCAUCACCACCAUUGGAAUGGCAGCAACCGCUUCGUUCUUUUUAUAUAAAGUAAGUAUACAUAAUUACCACGAAAAGCACUAUUAUAACCUUUUACCUUUUUGGUUUAGUAACAAUUUUGGUAACCAAUUUGGAAACAGCAGUAGCCGAGGAAGGAGCAGAAAAGGAAGAGAAAAAAAAACAACAACAAUUGAAAGCGACUUUGAUACUCUAACAGAUACUUCAACAUUUUAUUCAACAGACUUGUCUACAACAGAAACAGACACUUCUACCAUAUAUAAUGGUAGAUCAACAUCACCAGGAGCAAGAAGUAGUACACGGAAGAAUAGAAAUGUACAUUAUCAAAACAUGUAA